UUCUAUCAUCCGUGUUCGUCACAACAUUUGAUAUUAGAGGCAAUUUAUGAACUUCAGACGAUUUUGCAACUCAGUACGGGACAGUCACAAAAAUCUCUCAUUUGUAAACGAACAGAUCUAAUUAACUUUUACAUUUCAAUAUUUAGAGAUGUAUAUAAAACCUGAAUGAAAAUAAAUUGUUGACUUUGAAUCAGAAUUGAAAUUGAUUUCUUUUUUAAUUUUUACGUUAUAUUCAAUAUAAAAAAACCGACAAUCGAUUAAUAUCUAUGAUGAUCUCUAAUUUUGUGACCUGCUUAUGCUGGAAACAGUCAUCGAUGCAAACCCGACCGCAGACUGAAUCAGCUGAUGCGGCCUAUCUUAUGAGAGCGUAAUGUAAAUGAACAUGCACCAUCGCUUCUAUCGUCCGCUUCCACAGAAAAUUCGCAUGUCACUUGUGAGGCAUUUGAAUCGAUCAAUCUUGCUGAAGCACAAUCAGACGGCAUCGGCGGUGCACUCAUGCUUCUUUCACAAAAGUUCUCCAUUAGAAUCUAAGAAUGACUAUCUAAUUGAUUCAGCUGAGUACGCUUUUCUCAAGGAUAUUGGUAUAGAACGCGAAAACUGCGGUGUAUAUAAUGGAUCGUGGAAAGGUUCUGGGGAGGUAUUAACAUCCAUAGACCCAGGAACCGGACGCAAGAUCGCUAACGUUCGUGUGGGAACAUCUGAAGAAAUGAAUGAGGCGAUAAAAGUUGGAGUAAAUGCAUACCAACAAUGGUGUCAGGUGCCAGCACCAGUACGUGGAAAUAUUAUACGUCAAAUUGGCGAAGAAAUGCGUAAAUAUAAAGAGCCUUUGGGAAAGCUUGUCAGUUUAGAAGUUGGAAAAAUAUUCAGUGAAGGACUAGGCGAAGUUCAAGAGUUUAUUGAUAUUUGUGAUUAUGCGGCAGGGCUUUCGCGAAUUUACUCAGGACAGGUAAUCAGUUCUGAACGGCCGGAGCAUACAAUUUUGGAAGUAUGGCGUCCUUUAGGCUUAGUGGGCAUUAUAUCAGCAUACAAUUUUCCGAAUGCCGUCUUUGGUUGGAAUGCUGCAAUCGCUUUGACAACUGGAAAUAGCGUUCUAUGGAAGGGAGCUCCAACUACGUCUCUAGUCUCAGUAGCGACCAUGAAAAUUCUUUCUGAAGUUUUGAAACGUAAUAAUUUACCACCCAUUGCGCUGCUUUGCCAAGGAGGCGCCGAUGUGGGUCAGAAACUUGUUAACGAUUCUAGAGUGAAACUUGUGUCGUUUACUGGCAGUUGUGAAACUGGUCGCAACGUCGGAGUGGAGGUCCAAAAACGUUUUGGCAAAGUUAUAUUGGAGUUGGGUGGUAAUAAUGCUUUGAUUGUAAAUCAGGAUGCUAAUUUUAACAUGGUAUUAGAAGCUGCCCUCUUCGGAUGCAUUGGUACUUCCGGUCAGCGGUGCACCACAACACGUCGUAUAAUUGUACAUGAAAAACUAUAUGAUCGCUUGGUUAAGGAAUUGGUAGUCAAAUACAAACAAGUUCUUCCAAAGGUGGGUCAUCAAUUAGAUCAAAAUACACUGGUUGGUCCUGUGCAUUCUCAACAAAAUAUUGAACACUAUAAGGCCGCCAUUGCCGAAGCUGUCAAACUCGGCGGAAAAGUUGCAUUUGGCGGAAAAGUGAUACAGUCUGAAGGUUUCUAUGUGGAACCGACUAUAAUAAUAGAUUUGCCACAUGGCUCCCCAGUGGUGCAUCGUGAAACUUUUGCUCCAAUUGUUUACAUUCUUAAAGCUAAAUCUAUUGAAGAGGCUAUCGAAUGGAAUAACGAAGUAGAUCAAGGUCUAUCUUCAGCGAUAUUUACGGAGAACAUAUCGAAUGCGUUUCAAUGGAUUGGCCCACAAGGCUCUGAUUGUGGCAUAGUAAAUAUAAAUACUACAACGAAUGGAGCAGAAAUAGGUGGUGCUUUUGGUGGCGAAAAACACACCGGUGGGGGUAGAGAAUCCGGUUCCGAUGCAUGGAAACAAUACUGUAAACGUUCGACAAUAACACUGAAUCAUUCUGGUAAAUUAGCAUGUGCACAAGGUGUGGUUUUCAAUGUAGAAUAAAUGAUACAUAUGUAUAUAAAGAAACAAAA